UAUCCCCUUUUCCCAGCCUUUUCUACGUCGCCAGGACUCGUGAAGAUAUACUGACUAUUCGAACCCCCGACUAGUUCUUAAACGUUAGUAACGGAAUAAUAGGAGUACCACAGCAGCGUUAUUCCACGGAGGAUCGAGGUCACGUAGGUUGUCGCACGACGCAGGCUGUACGACCCCCCACUCCACGACUUGCUCGCACCUUGCAGGUCGCAUCGUAGAACGGUGCUUGCUACAAUUUCAUGCCUUCCGACGAAAGUAUUAGCACCCGUCUGAAAGAAAGCGUGCCAAACUGGACUCCAAAUUCGAACACCUUCAACAUUGGCUCCCACUCUCAGCAGAUCCUGUUAGGUGGUUUUAUUGCAGGAUCAGUGACGACCAUUGUAGCGUUGAAGGUCUAUACUCAGUCAUUCCGAAGAAUCAAAAACGGUAAUUGGAUUACCCCCGACAUGUUUGCCAAGAAGCGAUGGAUCAAAGGCGUGGCGACCAACGUAGGAGAUGGGGAUAAUUUUCGGUUAUACCACACACCUGGGAUUGGAUGGCGAUGGCCCGUCAAGUUUCGAAGGAUCCCUGUGAAAAGUAGAGAACUUAAAGACCAAACUAUUCAUAUCCGAAUUGCUGGAUUCGAUGCUCCCGAGGGAGCUCAUUUCGGCCGACCCGCUCAACCUCACGCUGCUGAAAGUCUAACAUGGCUGAAAGAUCGCAUUACGGGGAAAACAUUGUACUGCCAGGUGCAUCAGCGCGAUCAGUAUGCUCGCAUUAUUGCAGAUGUCGUUAUAAAACGCAGCUUUGCCCCAGGGUCUCUUCUGGCAAACAGUCUGGCGAUGGAAAUGCUCAGGGCUGGAUGUGGUACUGUCUAUGAACAGGCUGGUGCCCAAUAUGGUGUCAGGGGAAAAGAGGAAUUCUUGAAAGCAGAGUUGGAGGCAAAAAAUGCGCGUCGAGGGAUGUGGCAGAAAGGAAUAGGAGGAGAAAGCCCUGCGGAGUACAAGCGCCGUUACGCUCAACUUGAAGCUGGAAAACAGGAUGUUAAAUCUCAAUCGCCGCCCGACGAACCUGCCCCUCGCAAAGGAUGGUUCAGCCGCUUAUGGAAGAGAUGAAUUGAUAUAACUAAUUUGAUAGAUUCCAAACAUCGUUCCCGGUUAAAUUAUAUCUAUCUUAGAGCUUCCGGCACUGCUGAAGCUUUUCAUUUAUAGGAUGUUGCAAAUGUUUGGGCGCACCAUAUUCCAUGGGCUACUCAUCAACUUUCGAUUUGCAGAUGAUUCAGAUCGACGAUCAUGGGCAAGUUGUUAUGAAAGUACGACUUUUACUUCAAUCUGUAUGUCCCUUUCAAUCAUGCUUUCUAGCGAUGUAAUGGACUGGACUACUUAUAUGGCGUACCUCGGAGGUGGUGACUUGUGGAUAUAAAAGGACCUCAGUCGACACUCAACGUGCUACAUGAGAAUUUCUACCCGAUCUGCUUCAUUGGGCGCUGUCCUAGAUUUAACCCUGCGCGGUCGCCCUGAGUUCCUAAGUAAUACUAUGGAACCCAUGGAGCCAACGGAUGACAGGAACACAUAUAGGCUAAUAACUUCUGCUGGGUACUGCCGUCGCCAGAUUGCUGAUUGUAUACUGUGUGAAUCGCAUUGUAGCCUGACAGGCGUCUCAACCAUUUUUCACUCAAACCUCGGACUACCACCGC